GAAAGUUCACUGUGUUUAAUACUAAAUUGUGUCAAUGUAAAAGAAUGUAUAAAAAAGACAUGAUGUUUGAAUACAUACUUUGCUGUAAUUCACAAGUAUCAUAUACAAAGUAUUUUAUUUUGUGCCAUAUUGCCCAUUCAGAUGUGAUGGGUUUUCCAAAAUAUGGAAGACUACUUCCUGCUUUAGAAUAGAACUUGUUGAUUAUUGGGAAAUUGAUAUAUAAAGACUAUUGUCACAACUAUAUCAAUGUGUCUUACCCAUAAACAAAACUAGACAGAAAACAUGUCUACCACAUUCCUCCUCCUUUUGUGGAUUAUUUGUGCAAUUUUAGACAUUGGCAGCGCAAAACAAUGGUCACAAAGAAGAAGAAAAUACAAAAAUGUCCGGUACAAUAGCUUUAACCGAGGUAAAGGCUUCCUUUACAGCAGUUACAGCAGCGACAGCGGCGACAACAGUCAUGGCAGCGACAGCGACCGCGACCAAUUUGGCAACGACAACCACAGCGCCGACGACGACAGAAGCGACGAUAACGACAGAAAUAAUGGUGGUGACAGAGGCGACAAAAGCGGCAUCGACAAGAAGAAGUAAUAACGGAAUACUGGUACAGAAAUAUGAGAAGUUGACAAUGGAGAAACGUGUGGGAAAACCAACUUGUGUCAAGUGUUUUAUAUUUAAACGGAGUGAGGUCGCAGAAGAGGCAGUGCUUAAAAACUGAAGAAAUACCUAUACGCCUUUGAGUGUGAACUUAUCAUCGUUCGCAGAAAUGGGGGUAAUCCGAAAACAAAAAUUCUAAAUUCUUAAGUCUGCUGAUUUUAGAUAUGAAAAUAACUUGCAUCAGUUUGAGACAAUUUUCAUACGAUAAUUACAACAUUUCUCCGCUUUUUAUUCCACUGAUUCAUGAAUCCCCUUCCCCGAAUUGAAAUUGAUGGCUAGACUGUUUUAUGAAUAUUAAUGGAUGAUCAUUUCAAUUCCAUGUAACAUAAAUUGUAUUCAUGUUUUGGAGAGAAUGUGCUUGAAUGUGAUGUGAUU